CAAAAAGGUAACGGAUAAGUUUCUCACGUUGCUCACAACGGCGACAUUCGGGCUUUCCUUCGUGCAAUAAAUUGAUGUUGUGCAAAGAUUCAGAAUAAAAACUAAACUUUAUAACGAUGACCGAUCAACAUGAGUGGAAGCCGAUGGUGCAGAAAACUAUUGUGAAGUUAGAACAGGCGCUCGACGAACUGCAGAAGACCUGGGAGGAUAUAGGAUGCAGCAAGGAGACCCGAACAAUGUAUUACGAUCAAGCGCACAAUCAUAUAAGUGACUUGCUAAAGGACAUGGUAGCUGAAUCGCAAGCCAAGAAGCAACUACUGUUGGACAGCAUAAAGAACCUGUUGAAACAAACAACAAUAUUGUAUACAGAAUUACAUCUGGACAUGGUACCCAAUACUUAUGAUAAAAUACCCUUGAGUGAGGUAGAACAAAUGCUCCGUGCAGAUCUGGAAAAUCUGGAAUGUGUGAAAAAGGAACGCUUGCUGGUUUUAAAAGAAUUAUUAGCAAAGGAACUAGAUAUCACGACGAAGCUUGGUGCUAAAAGAUUAAGUAUCUCUGCAAAUAUACUACCUACUGUACAAGAACUUGACAGUUUUAAACUAUAUCUUCAGAAACAGGAAAAUGAGAAGAAUCGUUUAGAAAAUGUUUUCACUGAGAUGCGUUGUUCUGUAAUUAAGAUGAUGAAAGAUUUAGAUAUAGCUCCAUCUUCAUCAUUUGAACACUUGGUUUAUAAUAAUCCUGAGGAUUUUGUACUAAGCACAAGUAAUAUGACAAAAUUGAGAGAUUUCAGGGAUCAAUUGAAAGUACAAGUUGAGGAAACAAAAGGUCAUGUGGAAAGAAUGAAAGAGGAUUUACUGAUAUUGUGGAAAUAUCUUGAUGAACCUGAGACUUGUCAAUCAUUUCUUGAAAAGUAUCCUGGUUACUGUGCUGCUACUGUAAGUGCUCUGAAUGCAGAAAUCAAACGUUGCAAAGAGAAGAAAAAGGAAAACAUUUAUAAGUAUGUCAUGCAGCUAAGAUUUGAAUUGGUUAAUCUGUGGGAUUUGUGCAAAUAUUGUGAAGCAGAGAGGAACUCGUUUGCAGCAUUCCAUUCUAGUACAUACACAGAGGAUUUGUUGACACUGCAUGAAAUAGAAGUGGAAAAAUUACGUAAAUUUUAUAAUGAUAACAGAGUGAUAUUUGAGCUUCUGGAGCAGCGUGAAAAUCUUUUAAAAAAGACAAAGGAAUUGAUUCAACGAGAAAAUAAUCCAGAUCGCUUCCAUAAUCGUGGAGGCCAAUUAUUAAUGGAGGAGAAGGAACGUAAAGUAAUACAAAAGAAAUUACCCAAAAUGGAAGAGGAAUUGAAGCAGUUGAUAAAUGAAUAUGAAAAAAAACAUAAUUGUACUUUUACCAUCUAUGGUAUAUCAUUAGAAAAUAUCUUAGCAGAGUCUUGGGAAGAUAUUAAUCAUGAAAAAGAGAACAUCAGAAAAGGAAGGAGAGAGGCAAAAGAUAAAUCUGUAAAAAAAUCGCCUCUAAAUAGUUCAAAGAAGACACCUGGCAUGUCCUAUCUGAGCAUUCACAAAGGUCCAACACUGGGAUUAUCAAAACGAAAAUUGUUUAGCCCAUCUCCUAAUACAUCAGCAAAACGCAGGAAUAAAAAUGGUGACAAAAAUAAGCCCACUGUUGCUGGAUCUAAAAUACGAAGAAGUGGUAGACUAACAAGACACACCUCAAAAGGACAGAAGAACACUCCUAGAAGGAGCAAGGGUUCAAUAUCAGCCAAUAACAGUAUAAUGGACACCACAUAUAAUCAAUUCCAAGGCCAUAUGACAAGCAGAGAGGAAUUACAUAGCUCAAUGAUACCAGAACAGAUAUUGAAAAAUGCCAAUAAGGUUAAUGUGAAGACACCAGUGCGGACACCUGCAAAGCCAUUGAGGAAAAAUCUUAACAUCAUUACGACUGCCAGUCACAAUUCGACACGUAAAUCACCUCAUAGUCCUAGAAUUGUUAAUACCCCUAAAUUAGCAACAGCCCCAAGUAACUUACCUUUUAUUUUUUGAAAAUACUUUUAAGAUGAUACAUCCUAAAAUAAAUUUUACCUACAAGAGUGACCUGCAAAGUAAUUCAAUUUUAACAUCGUAAUCGUGCUAGUAUAAAUAAUUGAUAUAGAUUACUGUCUGGUGAAGAUAAAAAAUAACAAACG